AUGGCCGAAUCGACGACGCCUGCAUCUCCUCCUGUCGCGGAGGCAUCAGCGGCGCAAGCUGAGCAGCAGCAGCAGCAACAGCAGCAACAGCAGCAACAGCAGCAGCAGCAGCAACAGCAGCAACAGCAGCAACAGCAGCAGCAGCAGCAACAGCAGCAACAGCAGCGACAGCAGCAACAAGAGCAGGCUCCAAUUGGAGUGGAUACUAACUUCGCGGGCCAAGCCGCCGUGGACACCUACGAUGACCACGAUUCGGCCCUGGGCGACGGAGAUAGUCUUAACAUCAGCUCAACCGCGUCGGUCGCCUCGUCCAUCCUAAACUAUCGCAAGAUCCAUGGCAGGACCUAUCAAAACUAUGAGGACGCCGAAUACUGGGGCCCCAACGACAGCACCCAAAAUGAAGCGCUGGAUAUUGCCCAUCACAUGAUGUGCCUCGCCCUGGACAACAGACUCUUCCUUGCCCCCGUCGAUAAUCCCCAAAAGGUGCUGGACGUCGGCACAGGAACCGGUAUUUGGGCCAUCGACUUCGCCGACGAGCACCCCUCAGCCGAGGUCAUUGGGACCGACCUAUCGCCCAUCCAGCCGUUAUGGGUGCCGCCCAACUGCAGGUUUGAGCUGGACAAUGCCGAGAAUGAAUGGACUUAUGCCGACAACUCGUUCGACUACAUUCACGUCCGCGGCCUGCUCGGCUGUAUCAAGGACUGGGAAAAGUUCUACCGCAACGUUUUGCGCACCCUUAAGCCCGGCGGUUGGUUCGAGCACCACGAGUUCUCCAUCCUACUCUUGUCCGACGACGGCUCUGUCCCUCCCAAUAGCGUGUGGGUCGAUUGGUACAACCUUUUCCGCGAGGCCGGCAGCAAGACGGGUCGCUCCUUUGUCGUGACCGAAAUCUGGGAGAAUGCCCUGCGCGCCGCCGGCUUCACAGGUGACAUUCAUAGGGCCAUGUUCAAGCUGCCCAUGGGCGGCUGGGCCGCCGACCCCAAGUGGAAGGAGGUGGGCAUCUUCAAUCGCAUGUCGAUCGAGCAGGGGCUAGAUGGCUUCGCCAGCUACAUCUGCCGUAUGGUCAUGGGCUGGAGGGAAGAAGAGUACCAUGUGCUGCUGGCCAAGGUCCGAAACGCCAUCAAAAACCGCGGCUGGCACGCCUACUACCCCCUUAAGAUCAUUUACAUUCAGAAGCCCCUGUGAUCUAGUCACUUAAUAGGCGAUGAGUACUCAGGGCUUACAAAUACGUCAUUCAUUGGGUAAAAGAAUUCCUUUUGCAUACUCGAAAGGAGUUUCCCUACAUUCGGGAAAUCGAUCCUAUGGAUGCCUGCAUAUACGAUGUAUAGUU